AUGGCCAGCGAAACAAGGCUAAACCAGAUCCUCAAAGGUGCACCUCCCGCCGACAUCAAACUUCUUCCGACCGCGCCGCUCUCCGGCCUUGGGAAAACAUCCCAAACCGAGAAAUACACGCCAGACCCUCUACUCUCAACCCUGCCGUCUUCCCCGCCCCAGAUAUACUUGAACCUUUUAAUCCUCGAAUCCUCCUUGCGCGCCCAAUACCUACAUCUGGUCGGCCGUCGACGUCUCAACACCUUCUUCCUCCUUCUUCUGGCGCUGUGGAAUGGCUUCUUCUUCUACGCUCUGUUCCUGCGUCCACGCGAAGAUGGAACCGGACUCGGCGGCUCCGUCUACUGGGUAGUCGAAACAUCAGAAAAGCUAGCUUUGAUGGGUGGUGUCGUGACUGUCUUGUUGGUCUGGGGUACGGGACAAUGGGAACGGGGGAUCCGUUGGCCUCGAAAAUGGCUGGGCACGACCAAUCGCGGCCUCCGCGGCUUCAAUCUACGUGUUGUCGUGAUCCGCGGCAAACUCUGGCGUGAAAUGCUAGGACACCUGUCGUUCCUGUUACCACUUCGCAUGUUUCGCGAAGCCGGCGGCUUCGAUUGGCACCUGGUGGAGCACGAGGAUGGAACGGUGGUGGAAGAAGACCUAGCAAAGGGCGGUGAUCACAUCAUGCUCUUGCUGCUCCCGAAAUCUUUUAGUCCCGAGUUCCGCGAGAACUGGGAAGAAUACCGGACAGAAUACUGGGAGAAGGAGAACGAGCGACGGGCAGGACUGCGCCGAAAACUGCACGCCCAGCGCCGCGCCAGAGCAAAGGAAUUGGGUGGAUGGAAGUGGUGGACGGGGUUGUGGCGGUUCACAGGCCACAAUCGACAUGGUCGUCGACACCACGACCUGGAGAAACAUGCUCAUGGUCACCACACUCACCAUUCAUCUCGACACAGCAAUGCUGUUGACUCGAAGAGCAGCAGACGUCGACCGGGCCUCGAGACGUUGGAUUCAAUGGGUAGUCGGAGCCGACAGUCGUCAAGGUCGUCGACCCCUCAGUUCGACCUGGACGGCAACAACAGCAACGUUGACCGACCAUCGAUCGCCGCAGAACGCAUGAGACGCGGCAGUAGCGUCAGCAGCACGGCGAGCGUACGACGCAAACCCACCAAGGAGCGCAAAGAUCGAGAUAAAGACAAGGCAGCCCACUCUCAUCACCACCAACAUCAUCGGGAUAGCCUCUCCACGUCACCGCCAGGAACCAGUCUCACACCGCUCAGCCCACUGACGCCCUCUGUCGAGGAAGACGAGCGGGAAGAACGCCGUCGACGUCGUCGUCAAGAGCGAGAAGAGCGUGCGCGGGCGACGGAGUCGUCGAAGACAACAACAGACCAAAAGCGUGACAGCCGCUACAGUUACAGUGACCGUGACAGUGGCACGGGAAGUACUCCUACCACGCCGGCGGAGGAGAUGAUAUGA